UUAUUUUAUUUAAUUACAUUUUUACUGAUAUGUUUUUCUUGUUCCUGAACGGACCUUAAUUGACAUUGACGUUUGAUAAGACUGUUUCCGUCUUUUAGGAUUUCUCAGCUCACUUUGCAACCAUGGCGGUGAACAACAUUUCUAAAAAGCGAAAAUUCGUUGGAGACGGUGUCUUCAAGGCGGAACUGAACGAGUUCCUCACCCGCGAGUUAGCUGAAGAUGGCUACUCAGGUGUGGAGGUGCGCGUCACCCCCACCCGUUCGGAAAUUAUUAUCAUGGCCACCAGGACUCAAAGUGUUUUGGGAGAGAAGGGGCGCAGAAUCCGUGAGUUGACCUCCGUGGUACAGAAGAGGUUCAACAUUCCUGAACAGUCUGUGGAACUUUAUGCCGAGAAGGUCGCAACUCGCGGUCUUUGCGCCAUUGCACAAGCUGAAUCAUUGCGAUACAAACUGAUUGGAGGUCUAGCGGUACGUCGCGCAUGUUAUGGUGUACUCCGUUUCAUCAUGGAGUCAGGUGCUCGCGGCUGUGAAGUUGUCGUGUCCGGCAAGCUCCGUGGCCAGCGUGCGAAGUCGAUGAAGUUUGUUGACGGCCUCAUGAUCCACUCGGGUGACCCCUGCAAUGAUUAUGUGAACACAGCCACCAGGCAUGUGCUGCUUAGGCAAGGCGUGCUUGGUAUUAAGGUGAAGAUCAUGCUUCCGUGGGACCAACAAGGCAAGAACGGCCCCAAGAAGCCCCAGCCCGACCACAUCCUCGUAACGGAGCCCAAGGACGAGCCAGUGCCGCUCGAGCCCACGAGCGACGUCCGCUCGCUCGCGCCCGCGCCGCUGCCGCAACCCGUGCCGGCCGUCGCUUAAUUUUUAAGCUUAUUAAAUAAAUACUAAAAUA